AUGGAGGAAGCGGAAGCUUUCCCCGAGGAGGAAACAAAGACGACGGACGCUCCCUCGUCGACACGGAGGAAUGCAUCAACGACGCAUCGGGCGACGAAGAGAAGACACCUCGCGUUCGCGUUCCUCUUCGGCGUCGUGUUCGCCUCGUGUUUCCGACGGUGGUGGUGGUAUCAUCACCCCGCGUCGCGAUCCUCGCCCUUCUUUUUUCCCUCGUCGUCGUCUGCGCACUCAAAAGCGCGCGACGGUCUGCGCGUGAAAAGUCGUCGGAAGAAACCGCCAGGAAGAGUGGACGAGGAGGACGAUUUCGAUCGCGUUGAAAAACGAGACGACGAAAGCGGCGAGAAAGAAGAGGAAAAGAAGACGCUUCUUCGUGACGACGACAAGUUUGCCUGCGGCGCGUGGUCGCCGUCUGAAUCGUUUUCGUCGGUCUCGAAGGACGUGGACUCGCUCGAGACGCACGAGUUGCUCGAAUUAUCUCUGCGCAGCGCGAGAGCGGCGGCGUAUUUAUUCGCGAAGGCGAGUUGGCCGGCGGCGAUGCGAUUGAAAAGAGCGACGUUUGAUCGAGGGAAACGGGUAGGGUUGUGGAUGGCGAGGUUUGUUAUGCAUUCGUCGUCGCGGCGGGGGAAGUAUUACGAGGAUGAAGACGCCGCCGAAGCGGGAGGCGACGGGGCGGCGCGGGCCUCCUACGCGCGGCGAGGGAGUUUCGUUUCCUUAGCGCGAAAAGGCAUCGCGUGUGUUCCAUUGUUUUCGUUUGUGCGCAACGGCGCGCUGGUCGCGCGGAAGGUUUUGGUGAGACGGUUUGGGGCGAAGUGGAUGAUGGUUCGCGCGGCGGUGGAACGGAAACGUUUUGUAAUCGAGGAACGCGCGUGGAAGAGUUGGAGGAAAGCGGAGAGAGCGGCAAGGAGGAAAGUGUGGGAACCGUUGGCGAGGUGGACGAGAAGGAUGCGACGGUUGAAGGUGUUCUGGACCCAAGCGGUUCCUAGAGCUAUCGCGGAGUCGGGAGGGAAAUUUCGGAAGAGGACGGUGAGGUUUCUUGGUUUUUUGGGGAAGGUGGUGCCGCACGCGAUUUUCUUUUAUUGCGCCAAGGUGGUCGUAACACGAGCGGUGCCAACCGUGUUGAGGGUUUCAGUGUUGAGGACGAGGUAUUGUUUCGCGAGCGUUGGGUUUUUAUAUCCAAUUUUUAUGACGUUGACGGCGUUAGAAGGUGAUAGAUUGGAGGAGGCAGAGAACGACGAAUACGACGCCGGUGACGGAGAAAACGCAGAUGCGAAAGCGAAGAAGGAGCAGGAGGAGGAGAUUGAGAAAUGGGCCAGAUAUUGGGUUGCGAUUGGCCCUUUAGCGCUUUUAGCGGACGUGCCUUUUCUAUCCACCAGCGUUAGUUUGUUUUGGCCGUCUUGGCUGGAGAUGUGCUGCGUCUUUGUUCUUUGGCUAGAGAUGCCGCUCAUGAAUGGGGCGUAUUUCACCGUAGAUACGGUGUUUGCGCCGAUGUAUAAAAGGUUUGCGUCGGCGCGACGACGAAGGAGGAGGGAGAAGAAAAGGAGAGGGGAGAUGAACAUGAAGAGUAGCGGUAGCGCUUCGAGUCUUUCGAUGAUGAUGGCUUCGGCGCUGCGUUCGGACGUAGACGAAGAAACGGACGCUGACUAUGCGGAAGAGGAUGGCGUAUUCUACGAAGACGACGACGAUAGAUCUGAAGAUAGCAUCGAUCAUGAAAGUCGCGAUGAUGAUGAUGACGAUGAUGAUGAUGAUAAUGAUAAACAGGCGCGUAAUAAAAGUAUCAAGUACAAGAAGAAGAAGAAGAAGAAGAAAAGAAUCGAGGAAGACGCGGAGGAUAUGCUGAAUUCCUCGUCUUCAGAGUCUGCGGCGUCGGAAUCUUCUUUGAGGCUUUUCUCAUCAAGAAAGAAAAGACGAGGCGACAAAUACGAUGAAGACUACACCGGUGAGCUUCGUCGUCGACGUCGUCAUCGCCUCAGUCAAGGUGAAUUACCACCGCUACCACCUACUAGAGUGGAAAGGAAACAAAGACGAGCGAGGAGGAAGCUCACGACGAAAAAUCGCGGCGGCGGUUUAGUCGGCUACAGAAACGCGUUGACGAGGAAACUCAGAGAUGCGUCGAAAAGAGUCAUCAUCGUGUGGUUGCGCGCGUGCGUUUCUAUCAUAGGCAUGUUUAGUCCGCGGCUGGGUGAAAUUUCGCGCGUCGCGUUGGAGAACACAACCGGCGCUCUUUUGGUGUGUUCGCUCUUUUUCCUCGUUCCGGGGAUGUUUUGUAGGUACGGAUGCGCCAUCGCCGGCGUCUUUGUUCCUUGCUUGAAAUCCUUGGAAACGAUCACGUCUUCAUCUUCAAACUCGUCCACGAAAGCAGCAAUCAACACAUCUUUGGUGAACGGGAAGAUGCAAAACACGUUCUUCUUAAUAACAAACGAGCGCGCGCCAAACACUGGAGAUGGAGAAGGAAACAAAGAGGAGGAAAGAACGAGAACGAGAAUAACGACAUCGCGAACGGAAAAACUCCGCGCGCAACUUCAAUAUUGGGUCGCCUGGUCGCUCCUCUGGUCGCUCGCACGCGAAAUCGGAUGGUUCCCUCUCGCGCGCCACUUAGAACUCGCCGGAAUAUACUGGCUCCAAGUCUUUGGCGGCGCCGACGUCGUGAGCAAGAAAGUGACGCACGUCAAAGACUCCAUAGUCUCGGAGCACCGAAACUAUUUCCACGAACAUUUACGCGACGAAGAAGACGAAGAUUUAGAUAAGAUAAUAGAAAUAGAAGAGAUAGAAAUAGACAAAGAAGAAGAAAAAGGAGGAGGAGGAGGAGAUGAUGAUGAUGAUGAUGAUGAUGAUGAUAAAACUCUGGAGGAAAAAACGACGAGCGCGGCGGCGGCGAUCGUUUCGACGACGACUCCAGAGUUUACUCCUACAUAA